UCUUUCUCACAAUACUCUUCUACAUAAUGCAGUAAGCUUCAAUGAACAAUAUCAAUUGAGAACAAACAGUUUACGUUGCUAAGAGUGGUUGCUAAGGGUGUUGUGUGGUGAUACACAGAGCCGUUGGGUGAAGUGGUCAUAGCCAUGUUUUAUUGUGAAUAAAACCAAAGUAUAGUCUUUGAUUAAACACAGCUAUUGACCAAUCAGAAUCAAAGGACAGGACCUAACCGUUUUAUAAAUGUAUUUAUGAAAUGAUAGAUAUCCUUUAAGUUGUGGACCAUCAAGCCUACUCAAGUUGUAAAAAACAUUAUCGUAUUACUUUUUACUUGAUGAUUACAGCACUUAAAUCUAAAUAUUUAUUGAAAACAUUUUUCAAAAAUGCUCUCAAACAAUAUGAAUUAAUGAUUUCACAAAAGUUCUCAAACAUAUUUUAUUUCAUGUUGCAUUUUAAAUAUUAUGACUUUUCAAUCAUGAAUAAUUUGGAGUUUUCUUGAAGAUAUUCCAUUUGACUACUUCAAUUAACCUUGUCUUUAUUAAAGGUCAUAAUAUUAAUAUUUAAAAGAAUCUACAUUUAAAAUGUGUCUUUGAAAUUCCUUCAUUCCAGUCAGUGGCUUUUUUACUUGAUAGAGCCUGACAAAAUAUGAGCACCACCUCAUUGACAAAAGAUAUGUUUAUUUGUUCAUUUUUUCCUGUAUAUAUUUUCUGCCUUUUUUGGAUACGCAUACAGUAUUGAAUGUGUUGAUACCCAUAGGGGAUCCCUGAGUUAAAUCAUGGGCUCGGGUGAGAAGUUUAUAGGGUGAAUCUUCCGGUUUCAGAACUAUGGACAGCUCCGAAAUAUUUUCCUGGCUUUUAAUCUCAGGUCACGCACAUUACCAACACACUUUGUGGGGGGAAUAUUGACUGAUAUUCUCGUGCCUUGUGACGUCAAAAUCAAUAUCAAGGUGUGAACGAGCAAUAAAAUAUAACAUAUUUAUGGAUCUGCGACUAAUCCAUUGCUGUGUUAUGCAAAGACGAAGUCCCUGCUGCGCUCCAAAUGUCAAUCACAGUGACGUUGGCGCGUGUCCUUUCAUUUUCAUGAAGGUGGGGGAACAUGCUCUCAAUGACAUUCUGAAUGUAAGUCCAUUGUGUGCAUGCUAAGCACAUCAGACACAACCAAUACAGCAUUAUUGAUAACAUUCAAACAAUAUUUUCGUAUGAAGAGUGCGAAAUUAUGGGGAGUGAUCUGACUCAGCUGAUUAAAUCUUGAACACACCAAAGGAGGUCAAAACAAUCCACUGAAGGGUCCUGAAAUCAUAUAGUCGUUUUAACGGGCUUGUUUCAGUAUAAUAACCACAAAAGUUGGUAACCUCUGCAACAAGCUGCUCGUUUGUUUUCCAUUAGGAUCUGUAUCGGAGAGCACAUUAACAAAGCUGUCAUAUUUAUCACUUCGUUAUAGAUUUAGAUUUCGAGGGCGCCAAAACUGUUGCGCGAGAUGAACUUCAACAGAUUGAAUUGCUUUAUAAUACAAUUCAAAUUCUGCGCAGCAUAGACUGAUUGCUCAGCUGAGUCAGACACUAACCUCAGUAUGAUGAACUAUUCAUUCAUGUGCUCCUACAUAUGAGCAUUGCAAUUAUUCUAACAAAUGUCAGUGAGGGUUUUCAUUUUAGGUAACCUAACGUUUGCACUUGUCGCUGAUGCGCGUUCCCACACCCCCUCCCCUAAACUGUGGGCAUCGGUGACGCGCGUCUGGGGUUCAUGUUUAUGUCUGUCAGGUUUCCGAUUGGGCGCCGUGUAGAUGUGUGAUGAGCAUCCGCGCGCCGUGGGCGGGAGCAGUCAUGUUUAUAACCCACAGUACGCGCGCCGUGGGCGGGAAGACCGGAUUGAGAAAGUAGCGAUUUGAGAGUGAGGACGCGCGGCAGCGGCGGGCGGCUGUGGCUGACAGGAGCUUGUGGAGGAGGCGCGGCUUCCACUGCCCCUCCACCUAAGCAGCUGUAUGGACGACCACCUUAGCCUCCUCCACUCGCCUCCGCCUUCCUUAAGCAAGCACCGGGGCAACAACCUCGUGAACCACGGAUACACCGAAAACGAGCAAGACACCAUGACAAUUGUUGCUUGCGACAACAUGCUGGAGGAGUCGGCGGCGCUGCCCGGGCACCACUCGCUGGAGCGCUACGAGCCAGACCACGAGUGUUGCGAGAGAGUUGUCAUCAAUAUCUCGGGCUUGCGAUUCGAGACACAGCUCAAAACCCUGUCCCAGUUCCCCGAGACUUUACUCGGCGACCCCAAGAAGAGAAUGCGCUACUUUGACCCCCUCAGAAACGAGUAUUUCUUUGACAGGAAUCGCCCGAGCUUCGAUGCCAUUUUGUAUUACUACCAGUCAGGGGGGCGUAUACGGAGACCCGUGAACGUUCCUAUUGACAUUUUCUCCGAAGAGAUACGCUUCUAUGAGCUCGGGGAGGAGGCUAUGGAGAAAUUCCGAGAGGAUGAGGGCUUUAUAAAGGAGGAAGAGCGUCCUUUGCCCACCAAUGAAUUCCAGCGACAGGUGUGGCUGCUGUUUGAGUACCCGGAGAGCUCGGGUCCGGCCAGGGGCAUUGCGAUCGUCUCGGUGCUGGUCAUUUUGAUAUCGAUCGUUAUCUUUUGUCUGGAAACAUUACCCGAGUUUCGGGACGACAAAGACCCGACGACGGUCGCCCCGCUUAUGAACGGAACUCUCCCGUACUUCACAAGUCCCUUCUCGGACCCGUUCUUUGUGGUUGAGACUCUUUGCAUCAUCUGGUUCUCUUUUGAACUGCUCGUCAGGUUCUUCGCGUGCCCGAGCAAAGCCACGUUCUCCAAGAACAUCAUGAACAUUAUUGACAUUGUGGCCAUCAUACCCUAUUUCAUCACUUUGGGGACAGAACUCGCGGAACGGCAAGGCAACGGCCAGCAGGCGAUGUCCUUGGCCAUUCUCCGGGUCAUCAGACUAGUCCGCGUGUUCCGGAUAUUCAAACUCUCGCGGCAUUCUAAAGGACUCCAGAUUCUGGGGCAAACGCUCAAAGCCAGCAUGCGCGAGUUGGGCUUGUUGAUAUUCUUUCUCUUCAUCGGUGUUAUCUUAUUCUCGAGCGCCGUCUACUUCGCCGAGGCGGACGAUCCCGACUCGGGCUUCAACAGCAUCCCUGAUGCUUUCUGGUGGGCGGUGGUAACCAUGACGACCGUUGGAUACGGCGACAUGCACCCAGUCACCAUAGGGGGCAAAAUCGUCGGCUCACUGUGCGCGAUCGCGGGCGUGUUAACUAUCGCUUUGCCAGUGCCAGUCAUCGUGUCCAAUUUCAACUACUUUUACCACAGAGAGACUGAGGGAGAGGAGCAGGCGCAGUACCUCCACAUCGGCAGCUGUCAGCCUUUGUCCUCCUCCGAGGAGCUGAAGAAGACGCGCAGCACGUCGUCGCUCAGCAAGUCGGAGUACAUGGUCAUUGAGGAGGGCAUCAACAGCGCGUUCAAGCAGCCCAACUUUCCCGCUCAGAACAACCAAAACUGUGUAAACAUUAAAAAGAUGUUCACAGACGUCUAGGCGUCUAGACGCGCGUGUCAGUGCAAGUCUGCGCAAUGGCAACGCUGUAGGUUAAUGUCAUGACAGUCAAGCGCUGAGUGUGUCGCCCUCCAUUUCCACGACGCAGAGGUUUAACGCACCAGUCCCAUGCACCUGUUUGAUUGAACCAUUUUACUGUGAGGAGAAAGCCCUCAUCGGCUUUCAAUCUAUUUGCUGUCUUUAGGGUACGUUCAUUCAUAUAGGCAACAUGUGUGUCUUCAGUAUGGCAAGCCAAUUUAACAUUUAUUCCUUAAACUAACUAGUAUUUGUUUUUAUUUUAGUAGCGUACAUUUUUUUAUUACUAAUCAGUUUUUUAUUUUCUCACAUGUUGCUGGUAGUCAAUCCGACACCCCGGCACAUUUGUUUUCCACUUCGAGCACUCAAUAGUAGGCUACUAUUUUUCAGAUACUAGUUACUUAUAUUCCCUCAUAUCCAAGCUGUGAAAAUAUUUGCUAUUGAAUUAUGUCAGAUAUAUAUUAUACAAUUAACUUCUGACUAGCAUGUACUAGUAACAUUUUUAAACAUACUUUAUAAAGAGUAGCCAUUCUGACAAGUUAAAGAUGCAAUUUUACCUAGUGAUAUGCUGUAAAUUAUAUCUAAAUAAUUAUUGGGAUAGAUAUCAGUGCCUCAUAAAUAAGUAUUAGCAUCUAAUAAAUAAGUACUAGAAAGUGCCAGCAACAAUUAGAAUACAUCAUUGGAAGUGAAUAUUUAAUCAAUUAUCUUCCGGAAACAAUCAAGUUGUUGCUGUUACUUCUGGAACUAGUAGCAAAAUAAUAAAUACUAGUAUUUAAUGAAUAGUUUACUGGCAAGUCACUAAUUAUUAGUAAUAAAAAUGUAU